AAGUGGCUAGACAUGAAGGAAAUUGGCUCUGUCGUUUAUGUAUCAUUUGGAAGCGUGGCAGCCCCGAGAGAAGAGCAAAUGGAGGAGCUAGCAUGGGGCUUAAAGAAUAGCAAUUGCUACUUCCUGUGGGUAGUUACAGAAUCUGAAGAGAAAAAGCUUCCUGGUAAUUUUCUAGAGGAAACGGCAGAGAAGGGGCUGGUUGUGACUUGGUGCCCUCAACUUGACGUAUUGGCUCACAAGGCAAGUGGGUGCUUCAUGACUCGUUGUGGGUGGAACUCAACGCUUGAGGCAUUGAGCUUAGGAGUGCCAAUGGUUGCGAUGCCACAAUGGGUGGAUCAACCAACUAAUGCCAAGUUUAUUGUGGAUGUUUGGAAGGUAGGGAUAAAGUUUAAAGUGAAUGAAAAAGGCAUUGUGACCAAAGAAGAAAUAGAGUUAUGUACAAGGGAAGUAAUAGAGGGUGAGAGAGGGAAAGAGAUGAAAAAGAAUUCAAUAAGAUGGAAGGAAUUGGCUAUAGAAUGCUUGACGCGCGCGGCAAUGGUUUCCAACUUUUCGCCUUCCUCGAACCCGUUGGAGAUGGUCUCAAAGUUGACAGAGCUGGCUUGCAGUUGCAGGGCUUCGAUGGAGUUGCUAAUGGAGCUGAGCGUGACUAAUGUGACUCUUGCACCCUUUGAGGCAAGGCGCUUGGAGAAUUGGAGCAUUGGGUUUAUGUGA